AUGCAGCACAUAAAGUACGACUGCAACCGACAGCCGAGGUUCUCCUGUCCCUACUGCGUCAAGCGCAGCAAGUGGCCUUUUAGUCUCUACAAACACAUUAGGAAAUCUCAUGCGGGAUGCAAGGUGCUGUGGGAGAUGAUCCACUAUACCACUCUCACGCUACGUCGGUGUGAUGCCGAGACCGAAGAUUUUAUCGGAUUUGAAUUCAAAGAGCUGCUAAACUCGAUGAAAAAUCUUCAGCGCUGGGACGUCACGAUGUCGCAAUACAUUGGCACCAUGAAGGAAAAGCCCGACGUUUUUCUGAAAAAGAGCCACAGGCGUAUAUUGUGCAUGAAAUGCUCGAAAGAGUUUGUCCUGAUGAACCAGCUGUGGAAACACCUCAAGUAUCAGUGUGGCAAGAGCAAACGUUACAAGUGUCCCUAUUGCAAUCGCCACAGCGUGUGGGAGUCCACUAUCAAUAGACACAUACGCAAUUCACAUCCCGGAAAACAAGUCUUUAGUUUGGAUCUCAAAAAUCCUGGUGUUCAAUAA